AUCCCUGGAUUACAGAAAUAUCACUGUUGUUUUUAUCCCAUCAUCAUCACUCCUAACGUCUCUCACUUAAUCAUUCGUCUUUAUGCAAAUCACAGAAACCCAUUUCAUUCUUCAAAACCUUUUGAUACUUUCAAAGAGAGAGAGAGGUGAUCAGACGUUAAAGCAUCUGCUUCUGCAAUCAAUCCUUUCUCUCCCAUAACAACUGAAAGUGUUUUCUUCAACUAACACCAUGGGAGCUUGUUGUUCUUGUUCUUGUUCUUCAUUUUCUUUAUGUGGGUGGCGUCAUUUGAAAUCCAAGAAGGGUCCUCGUUCCGCUGAUCUGGAGAAUCGCGGUGGGGAGAAUGAUGUGAAGUGGCCGUGUUUUAAGGAGUUCAAGUUAGACGAGCUUAGAGCUGCAACUGGUGGGUUUUCUGUUGAGAAUGUUGUGUCUGAGCAUGGUGAGAAGGCGCCCAAUGUUGUGUAUAAAGGGAAGUUAGCAGAUGGUGACCGUUUGAUCGCGGUUAAGCGGUUUAACAAGUCAGCUUGGCCUGAUACUCGUCAAUUCCUUGAUGAAGCAAAAGCAGUUGGGCAUCUUAGGAGCCAAAGGUUGGCAAAUUUGUUGGGAUGCUGCUGUGAAGGAGAUGAGAGAUUGCUGGUGGCAGAGUUCAUGUCCAACGAGACUUUAUCCAAGCAUCUAUUUCAUUGGGAAAGCCAACCACUGAAAUGGGCUAUGCGUUUACGGGUGGCACUGUAUUUGGCACAAGCAUUAGAGUAUUGCAGUAGCAAAGGGCGAUCCCUGUACCAUGAUCUCAACGCUUACAGGGUAUUGUUUGAUCAGGAUUGCAAUCCCAGGCUCUCAUGCUUCGGCCUAAUGAAGAAUAGCCGAGAUGGAAAAAGCUACAGUACCAACUUAGCUUUCACCCCUCCAGAAUAUAUGAAGACAGGUAGAGUAGUAGCAGAAAGUACAAUUUACAGCUAUGGCACCAUACUUCUUGAUCUUCUCAGCGGAAAGCACAUUCCCCCUAGCCAUGCACUGGACUUGAUACGUGAGAAAAAUUUCCAGAUGCUAAUGGAUUCGUGUUUAGAGGGUCAUUUCUCUAAUGAUGAUGGUAGUGAGUUGGUAAGGAUAGCUUCACGAUGCUUGCAAUAUGAACCUCGUGAAAGGCCGAAUGCAAAAUCUAUUGCGACUUCCCUCGCUGCUCUUCAGAAACAAAUAGAGGUGUCAUCCCUUGUCUUGAUGGAAAUUACUCAUGAAUCCCCAAUGGCAAAUGCAACAGAAACGGACUUAUUAUCACCGUUUGGGGAAGCUUGCUCGAGAAUGGAUCUAACUGCCAUACACGAGAUGCUGGAAAAGGUUGGAUACAAGGACGAUGAAGGGGUUCCAAAUGAGCUCUCAUUCCAAGUGUGGACAAGUCCGUUACAGGAUGCUUUGAAUGGUAGAAAACGUGGGGACACUGCUUUCCAAGCCAAGGACUUCAAUGCUGCCAUUGAAUCAUACACGACUUUCAUCGAGAAUGGAGCGAUGGUUUCGCCAACGGUGUAUGCCAGACGGUGUUUGUGCUACUUGAUGAACAACAAAGCACAAGAAGCUCUGGGAGAUGCAAUGCAAGCCCAGGUGACAUCGCCGGACUGGGCGACCGCACUUUAUCUCCAAGCUGCUGCUCUGUUUGGCCUAGGAAUGGAGAACGAUGCUCGUGAAAUGCUUAAAGAUGGCUCGACGUUGGAGGCCAAAACAAAAAGAAACUGAAUCUUUUUUAGGUUUUUGCUUUCGAUUUUGAAUAUGAUUGUAAAUAUAGACUCAAUCCGAUGACUGGGUUUGUGCACAAAAAGGAUUGAAUUUGUAUGUUCCUCACAGGCUGCCAAGGUUGUGGAAUGAUAAGGUGUUUCUCAAA